AUGAUCCUCAGAUCAUAUGAUCAUACCGAUACAACUGAGCUAUUCAAUACAACCGGCAUUCCCAUCGCUGAAAUCGAGAGUGUUUGGAAUGAGACCACCAAAUUCCACGAAUAUGACUUUGAAUUCUCAUUCAAUUAUGGGAUAAGGUACGAAAUAUCAACUGGAUUGAGGAAUCAGGAUCCCAACGACACGGAGAGUCAUCAUUGUGUUGGGUUGUACAGCAAAGAGAAGCCGAAAAUACGGAUUGCCGCGUGUGUUAUACGGGAAAAUGAGGAGGCAUAUCGAGUUUAUACGUUUGGAAAUUUACGUAAGCAGUCCUUCUUGAAUAGAUGUUUCUAAAACAGAGAUUUUAAGGCUCAAAAUUAGAGUGGGGGACCUGAUUCAUUGGCCAAAGACGUACCAUUUUGCAUCCGGGAAGUAUCAAAAAUGUGGCAAAAUACCUCCCUCUCCAAGUGAAAAAACUCCGAUUUCAAAAGCGCGCCCGCUCUUUUUAUGAGGGGAAGGCGCGCCCUUCAAAACGAAGUUUUUUCACUUGGAGAGGGAAGCAUUUUGCCACAUUUUUGAUACUUCCCGGAUGCAAAAUGGUACGUCUUUUGCCAAUGGAUCAGGUCCUCUACUGUAGUAAGAAAUAGUUUUCCGUCCAGCCGUCUUUUCACUUCACGUGCUAUCUCUAAAAAAUACCGCCGAAAAAGGCGUCGCGACUUGCGAGUAACCACUUUGCGGGCAACCAACAUUAGUCGAUUAGAAUUACGACCAGAGAUUGCCACGGUCAAAAUGUUGGCUCCGGCUCCGGCUCUUAGCUCCCAGAGCCGGAGCCGAAGCCAAAUUUGCAGCUCCGGCUCCGGCUCUUGGCUCCGUGCAAAAUUUAGAAAAGCCUCCGGCUCCGAAUCUCGGCUCCUAUGCAAAAUGUGUUUUAAAAUUAUUUUUCCAAAAAUAAAAGUUAUUAGUGCCAGAAAUCAUAGAGCCAACGUUUUUGCAGUCAAGUCACAUCCUCCGCAGUGUUUUUUAAAACAAUUUGGUUUAACAAGAUCGCGAAAUUUUUACUUUUCUGACCGCUGGGAAGCCUGGCUCCGACUUUGAGCUCGGGAGCCGGAGCCUACCCCAAAAUUUCCGGCUCCGGCUCUGGCUCUCGGCUCGGAGCCGGAGCCGCUCAGAGCCGGAGCCAAGAGCCGGCUCCGGAGCCGUGGCAAUCUCUGAUUACGACUUUUCUAUCGUAAUCUACGUAGUAUGAUAGAAAUUUUUCAUUAGUAACUACCCGAUACAGAUAAGUAAACAAAAUUCGGGAAUCUGUCGAAUUCAUCCGCCGCUUUCAAAGUUUUGGGAGUUUGUUUUCAAAAAACAGUUUCUGCACCUUUAAAAAUGCUUGGUUAACCUUAUGGAAACUAUUCAAGCCAUUUAUACACUCGUAAACUUAAUUCGCAACAUCAACUGCCAAAGCCAUCGUUAUAAUUUCCUGUUGUAAGCAAAUGUUGGCUGAUUUCCAAACAUCCCCCGUAGAGUCUCCGUGGUCCUUUUAACUUCCCGAAAAACGGUUGCGUCUGGGGCCGGCCCAAAAAAAUUAUGAAAAUCGAAGACUCACACUUUUACACUACCACUUUUCUCUUUUCAGAUGAGACUUCAUACUACUACAAGUUCGACCAUCAACCCAAUCUCACCACAUUUUCAAUACACGGCUCGGUCCUAGCAAUGACAAUUGAUGGACUAGUUCUUCGAAUACCCCAGGCGGCACUUUUUAAGUUUGAAACAAAGUUGAAAAGCUCACGAAGUUACAAGCUAAUUUUCACGACAGAUAAUCAAAACCUCACAAGCGGCACCCUUUGGCAUACAUUUCGAAAUGUAAGUAAAAAUAAUGAUGACUAUCACAAAAGACGUCAAAGUAAACGUUUUUUCGACUAAAUUUCUCUUUUGCCUACAGUUUUCCGGAGGCAAUUUUAAUCGAAAUUGAAGGUUCAUAUCUCAAAUUUGGAUAGAAGAUAAAAACUUUGGGUAUUUCUAAUCUCUCAAGCGAAUAUUUUUUCUGAUGAAUAGAAAAACAUGACUUUAUUUUCAGAAAACAUUUAUCUACCCUGCUAAUCCGUUCCCAGUUACUGAUGACGGAAAGGACUCGUUAAGCAAGAGGUUUCGUGUGAUAGAAGAAGAAGAAUCGCGCGCAGCUGUAACGCUCUUCAGGAAGAUCAGGAUUUUCGUUGUGACUUUGUAAGCAUCUUCUUUAUUCCGUCUUCUUCUUGAAAUUACCCGACGUAGGAGAUCUCAUAGAAUUUUUUGUUACAUUUUGCCUAUCUGGAUGUAAACAUCCGUUACAAAACCUCGCCCAUCGUGGCAAACGCCCAAGAAGGUAUACAUCCAGCCACCCCCUUCCUGAAGCACUUGCAAGGUGGAGAGUUUGUAACAGAAACGAAAAACUCACUGAAUUACAAAAGUCCUCACGACACUUUCAGCUGGGGAGACGCAAUUUCUCUAACGUUUAGCGGUCUCUUUUUUCCAAGCAUCUUUUUUUAAAACACAACUGAUUUUGGGCGCAAAGAAAAGUUCUUUCUGAGCUGCGCCCGAGUUUAAAUUUCAAGUUAUUUUUUUUGGCUAGCUGAAUUUUUUAUUUUUUUAGAUCGAGGCGUGGUCAAGGGUACUUUCAAGGGUUUCCAAUAUUUUUAUUCAAAAAUUUUUCUUAUUUUCUUUUGAGGUUCAUGGCCAUUCACAGGGAACUCAAAAUCACUUAUAAAAACUUUUAUUUACUUAUAAAAACUUCAAGUUUUUAUAAGUAAAUAAAAGUUCUUAUAAGUGAUUUUCAAAUCACUUAUAGGUAAUUUUUAUUUUCGGCGCCCGGGAAAUUCACUUAUAGGUAAUUAUAAAUACUUAUAGGUAACAGAAAAUUAUGCACAGUGCAGGAUAGAUAAAAAUUUAUUCAAACAAAGUAAAAAACAACUUGACUCUGAUAUAUUACCGGUUACACAUGUGGUUAGCGCAUCUUCUGUGUCCUGACGGGGCUAACUUGCUUCUGUGCGGAUUUUCUAUGGGUACUCUGCGGCUAGAUGCACUGAAAAUAGUCAAAGAUAAAGAAAAAGUAAAUAAAAUUGUCGGAGAUAGUUUAUUAUGAGCUGUCCUUGAACUCAUUUUUUUUUUUGCUUUCCCAUCCCAAAAAUUAGUUUGAGGAUCAGAAAUUUGGCAAUGAGAUUUUGAGACAUCAAGUUUUUUAUGUUGUACUAGGUCUAGGUGAAUAUUAUCGACAUACCUGAGGCAUCCGAGAGUCAUUUUUUCCAGACAUUGUGUACACGUUGUCCAUUUACUUCCUCCACGAACAUUUUGUGAUUAUCUGAAAUAGUGGGUUCACCUGGACCUAGUACAAUGUAAGAAAACUAUGUCUUGAAAAGUUUCUGGCCUUCUGAAAUGUGGAAGCAGUUUAAAACACCUACCAAAAUCGAGGAAAGAGUUCUCCAUCCAAAUUCUUGAUUGAUCAUGCUUGUUCCUAGAUCUUCCCAGGCUGUCUGCUCUUCCAUUUUGACUUGUUUCCUAAUCGGGAAGUUUCUUAUGUUCCGGAUUUUUCAUCUACCCACUGUUUACAGUCCUGUAAAAUAAAAUAACUCACUAGAAACACCUUACCUUGUUCCAUCCAACGUUUAAAUACCCUCUUUGACCAGUACUGCUACGAAAAACUUAGAAUUUCUAAGUCUCGCCCAUGCGUUCAAAAAGCCAAAAGCGUCUUUGGCGCUCAACUGUUUUCUUUUCGGAGUCCUUAUUGGUAAUUAUAAGUAAAUAUAAUUUCUUAUAAGUAAAUCAAAAUAGGCUCCGCCUUUUUUUAACUUAUAAGUGAAUUUUUGGGAAAUAUUUUUACCUAUAAGUAAAUAAAAGUUUUUAUAAGUAAAUCCGAAUCCCCUGUGUUAUACAACUUACACCUUUUUUUAGCAUAGUCUCCGCUUUUGUCAUUGCAAUUCUCGUCUGCGUCCUCCUAUCUUGUGUUAUCCAUGAUUUGCGCCGCAAUAAACGACAUGUAAAACGCAAUUUCAAGAUGGAAGGCCAAUUGAGAGACCUGAAUAACCUGGCAACCGGCCGGAUCGAGAUUCGGCAUUUUAAAGACGUCGAAGUUCAAGAAGCCAUUCAGAAGUUCAGACAGAACAUCCAGAACAAAACUCUCCGAUUUUACAUUGUUGAAGGAAAUAAAAAUGAAGUUUGA